AUGAAGUUAUUCGCGGCUCCGAAAUAUCUGUCCGAUGCGGUAGCGCCGCUUGUGGCCCUGAACUACCUAGUGGGUCUUCGCAUUUUCGAGUAUCCUCGUGGAAAACUACGUAGCGUGCCCAGUCUAAUCUACCUCUUGUUUCUACUGGGUAUCUUCUUCAUGUCUCUACAUGUGGGUUUCAACCUCUUCAAGGGGCUACAACUGCAGAAGAUAAACUACGUCUCAUACCAGUUCUUGAUAUAUGUGUGUGCCUCUACUAUUACGAUCGAGAUGAUUCUUGGUUACAUUUACACAAAGACAGUCAACGCAUGCUACCGAAAAUUGGACCAAAUCGACGAAACAUUGCGACAACUUGGAUCAAUGAUCAACUGUGGCAAAAUAUACUUUUGGUCAAUCACCAUUGUAAUUGCCUGGUUCUCUUACGUUCUUUCCAUCAUCAUAUCGUCGUUACGCAUGGACAUAGAUCUGUUAACUGUGUUUUGCAUAACUGUGGUGCAGAUAUAUAUAAUAAAUAUCAAUUUCAUCUUCAUCUCAGAAUUUUCAACGUUCGUAAAGUACUUGCAAGCGAGAUUCAAAUUAAUCAAUGAACUUCUGUAUAAGUACUCGGCGGUCUCGACGACAGAAGGGAUGAAACUGAAUCUCUUUACUAUGGAGAAUUAUACUAAAAUAACGAUAUUUCUCAGACAGAUCCACCUGGAACUGUGUAGGAUAUUAAAGAUGCUGUCCGCAAGCUUUGGCAUACAGAUCAUUUUGGAAAUCGGAAUUGCCAUCAUCACGAUCACUUUACUUUUGUAUAAUUUAUACAUUUAUACAUUUAUUCUGGUCGAACAGCAACAAAAGGCAGCAAGCUAUGACCAGAUAUAUCAAACGUUUCGUAUGAUCAUAUUAGCAACAAUAAAUAUAUUUAAGAUUGUUUACAUAAAUCGUAUUUGCAAACAGACGACAAACGAAGGAAAGAAGACCAGCGAGAUUAUCCACGAGAUUUAUGGAUGCUACCCGGAUACGGAUAUACGAGAAGAGAUAUUGUGGAGCCCGGUGGAGUUCUUUACAUUUGGCAUCUCUUUAAACUACCACAUUCUCAGCUCGUGUCUGAAUACUGUGACGACUUAUCUGGUUAUCAUGAUACAGAUGUACAACUCAUUGGAGUCAAGUAAAAACAGUUGA